UGAAACCCCAUACGCGACGUUAGAAACCAAAGUGAAAUAAACAGAGUUAGAGGAAGGGUAAAGCAGAGGAAGAAAAUGGGAAUAGAAGGGCAUGUUUUGAAGCGAAUUCCACGCAUUAAAUUCCCUGAAAGACACCCAAAAUCUUCAGCUUCAGGUUCUGCUAACCAGUCUCAGCACAACCCCUCAACAGAUAAGGACAUUGGUUACUAUACACUUUCAGGUUCAAAUGUGCCAGCACCACCCCAAAACAUGGCCGUGGGAGGCAAAGCAUCUCUCCUGCCAAAGCGUACGCCUGUCUCGGACAGAGAGAUAGAGGCUAUACUGUUGGGUGGAUGCUUUUGAUCUUUUCCAUCCGAUGUCAUGGAAGGAUAGCAUAGCGAUUAUUAGAUAUCUGGUCCGUUUUCCUUGUUAGCCAAUAUCAUUGAUCUAGACGUUUGUUGCAAACUUUUGCAUUCACCUGAAAAGAUAUCAGAAUCAUCUUGAUUUUGAUUCUCUUCUUGUAUGGCACUGUUAAACCCCUGCACCGGGUCGAAACCCCGAGCAGACAUUUUCUGCUUUCUUUUUUGUCUCCUCUUCAGAUUGCAUCCAUCAAUGACUCCCUAUAUGGAAUGUGAAAUGAGAACUGGUAUGUUAAAUCCUUGUCUUUAACCAAUAGCUUGGGGCUGGAGCUCCCCAAGUUGUAGCAGAAUUGAAGCGUUUCCAGGUAAUUGCCUAUGUGAUUAUGUGUCUGGUAAGGGCAAUCUCUCUUUUUCUCUAGAGUUCAAUCGCUUAAGGGCUUGUUGAUAAUGUUUUUUUAAGCCAUUCAUGUGUCAAUGAGGCGAUCCAAAAUGAAUUUGGAUAGGUUUUGGAUGAAUGUAUUUAUAUAGGCAGGAUUUGGAUGAAUGUAUUUAUAUAGGUUCUGUUUGGUAA